GGUGGGAGCUUCAGGGUGCCUAGCCUUGGUUGGGGUGCAGCAGAUGGGCUGGUGUGGAUGGCACAGGGUGGCAGAACGCAGCACCCAGCCACCCUAAAGUUGUCGCUACCUGAAGUGGGGUCUCAGCGUUGUGUGAAGUUAGCAAAGGGAGUGGCCCUGUUGGGUGUCUGGCCUGGCAGCCCAGGACGCUUAGAAAGUGGCAGCUUGGGAGUGAUGUGGCCAGAGCCACCUUUCCUCGGGUAUGUGGAGAUUCACGAAGGUAGACUUCCUUUGCCCAGGAGUUCAUUUCAUGGCUGGGUUAGGCCACUUUGUGGUUUGCCCUCAGGGAUACCCCCCGCCCUCCGCCACACACACACGUCCAUUCUCAGUGAGCACCCUCUACACAUACACACAGAACACAGGUCCACUCUCAGUGAGCCCCGGGGCUUAUAGAUUCCAGAUGUUUCAAUGCUUUAGCUGACCGUUGGCCUGGAGUUUGAUGCCCUGGGAGAAUUUCGGGGUCCUGGAGGGGCAUUUAUGUACAUCUUUUUUUUUUGAGACGGAGUCUCACUCUUUUGCCCAAGCUGGAGUGCAGUGGCACGAUCUCAGCUCACUGCAAGCUCUGCCUCCCGGGUUCACGCCAUUCUCCUGCCUCAGCCUCCCGAGUAGCUGGGACUACAGGCGCCCACCACGACGCCCGGCUAAUUUUUUGUAUUUUUAGUAGAGACGGGGUUUCACCGUGUUAGCCAGGAUGGUCUUGAUCUCCUGACCUCGUGAUCCGCCCACCUCGGCCUCCCAAAGUGCUGGGAUUAGAGGCGUGAGCCACCGCUCCCGGCCCAUUUAUGUACAUCUUCUCAGUCACUUAUGCAUCAGUGGAAACUAAGUUUUAGGUUCUGCUCAAAGAGUGACUUUCAGGAGCUGAGAGCUUAUGGAGCAGAGGCCAUGACUGCCGGGGAGUUUCGGCCGCUGGGCUUUGCAGCCAGGUGGGGCUGUCUGUGUUCAGGCACGGGAGUUUCUACUUUAACCAAAGGAGACGGAGCUCCCAAAUCUCCCUCCCUUUCCUGGCUGUCAGUGUGAAUGGGUGGCCUAGGUACCCUCGCAGGUUGCGGAGCCGUGACCAUCUGUGCCUCCUGCGUGAGGUGGCCUUAUUAGCCUUUGUGGGAGCAGAGGGUGCAUGACAGGCCCCAGCUCUGGCCAGCCUUGCGGGCUGGAGGAGAGCGGGGGCAGCUUCUCCUCAGUCCAGCUCCUGGGAUCCCUGCAUGGUCCCUCUCAGCCCAGGUCCAGAGGCUGUCUCUGCUGAGAGUGAGUCCCGGGUUGCCAGAGGCCAGGCCAGGAGCCUGGAACGCACUGGCUGUGCUCAGGGCUGCCCCUCCCCCACCCCCCGGCGCACCUUUGAUAGGAGGCGAUGGCUUGCACUUGUGCUGAGUUCAGGCCUUCUGCGGAGGGCAAAAUCUGUCGAGGAGGCACUUUUCCGUGUGAUCUCUUCAGGAAGUCACCACUGUCAUUGUGCUUAGCAGCAGGGGUGGGGGCGAUGGGGGUGGGAGAAGCUGGUGCCAGGGCAGUGUCUCUGCACCCUGACUUGCACUCAAGGCUGGGGCGCCCCUCCAUGCUUGGCUGAGGGCCUGUCUCCUGGGGCAGUGUUGUGCCGGACGUGUAGGAAAGAGCUCCUGUGGGCCUUCUGACCUCCAGCUCAGGUCUUCCCCAUCCUUUAUCUGGAAGAAUCCAGUGGCUGGAGCCUCGGGACCUUGCCUCUGAGCUGGCUGGGCUGUGGGGAGGGGUCUCUGGCCUCCCCUCCCUGCUCUGUGCUUGCAGCCUCACCUCCUGGUCCAAGGCUGGGUGAGGUGGAGUCUUGAGCCUGGUGAGGAUGUGUGCAUCCGCCUGGCCACACUUCAGCUCCCCUGAUGAGAGUAAGAAGCCCCCCAGCCCAUAAUUUCCUGAAGUGAUCCUAGCUCCUCUGGAGGAGCCUCCCAUCUUCUGCAUCAAACCUGGAAAGUGGGGGAUGGAGCAUGAGGCGGGGGUCCAUGCCCAAGGGUCUGGUGGGAGCUGGGCUGAGCUGGGAAUCCCAGAAACGUCCUUAGCAAGAAAGUGAGAGCAGAGUGCUGGAGGGACCCUGAGUGGGUGAGAGUUGGUUGUUAAGUCCAGCCACCCCAGCACUUUUGUUUUUGCUCCCUGGCCCUGUGGGCACUCACCCGGGGCAGGGACCAGAGAGCAGGCUGCAGCUCGGAGGGGCUGACUCCGCCAGCCUUCACGUUGGGCAGGCCCGGGGUGGCUCACUGUGGGAGCCCUUGUGAAAUACCCUGGAUGGGGUGGGGCAGGGGCUGCUUCCUGCAGCCCAAAGCCACAGGAUGGUUACUCCAUCAGUGGAGGAGGUGGACUGGGAGGGCUAGAGGGGCCUCGGGCCAGGCUCCUCCCAGCUGAUGGCCUGCCACCUGGAAGGUGGGGGAACUCCCUGGUCAGUCCUGCCAACAGACCAGAGCUAGAUGGACGGCCCACCCCCAGCUUUUCAAAGUUAGGAGGCUGGGAGACUCGGGGUUCCCUGUAGCCUCCUCUCUGGCCAGGUCCCCAGUGGGGCCCCUGUGCACCCAGGGAGCAGGGGGCUUUGUCCCAGGCCGGCUCAGGGGAGGUGGCUGUAGAAGGUAGGACCCUGGAAGAUGCACACACAGGGUCACUGGCUGGCCCUCACCUGCUAUUGGCCAGGCGGGGGGCUGCGGCUCUCGUGGGGCGCGGGCCAGGGAGUGCGGGCGCGGCGGGAGCCAGAGGCAAUGUGCUGAGUCAGCGUGACUCGCCAGGAACAGCCGCGCUCUGGGCAGUGCCGGGGUUAUUUUUAAAGCUCCCGGCUUCCUUCUAGGCCUGCCUCUCCCGCGUCUUAUUCCUUCUAAUCUCUCCCCCGCCCCUUGUCUUGCGCCUGCCUUCCUAACAGCCUUCAGUUCCCCUUCUCCCGUCAGACCUUCCUGACCUCCCACCUGGUUCUCUAGGGGCAGGGUGGACAGGAAGCAGCUCAGCCCAGCCUGGGAGAGGCCAAGGGCUGCCUCCCAUCAGAGAGCGCCUGCUCGCUGUGCCCCCGGGUUAUGACGACCCCCAAUAAAGGAAACAAGGCCUUGAAGGUGAAGCGGGAGCCGGGUGAGAAUGGCACCAGCCUGACGGAUGAGGAGCUGGUGACCAUGUCGGUGCGGGAGCUGAACCAGCACCUGCGGGGCCUGUCCAAGGAGGAGAUCGUCCAGCUGAAGCAGCGCCGGCGCACGCUCAAGAACCGCGGCUACGCUGCCAGCUGCCGCGUGAAGCGGGUGACGCAGAAGGAGGAGCUGGAGAAGCAGAAGGCGGAGCUGCAGCAGGAGGUGGAGAAGCUGGCCUCGGAGAACGCCAGCAUGAAGCUGGAGCUCGACGCGCUGCGCUCCAAGUACGAGGCGCUGCAGACCUUCGCCCGGACGGUGGCCCGCAGCCCCGUGGCGCCAGCCCGGGGCCCCCUUGCCGCCGGCCUGGGGCCCCUCGUCCCAGGCAAGGUGGCCGCCACCAGCGUCAUCACAAUAGUAAAGUCCAAGACGGAUGCCCGAUCGUAGGGACGCGCGUCUGCCCAGGCGGGUCUUUGCGGGGCCACUAGGCACAUGGCGAAUUCGGCUGCCCUGUCCCUCUGUUUCCUUCUCUUCUCUUUCCUCCCUCUCUUCGCCGCCCUUCUCUCUUCCCUGCAAAGCACAACCUGUACCCCAGGGGCGCCGGGCUGAGCCCCUUUGAUCUCGUCAUUGUCGUCGUGUGUUUUGUAUGUUGGGAUUGGUCAGUUUGGCGGUGACGUGGGGUCGCCCCAACCCCUUUUGUACCAGGGCCAUGCAGGCUUGGAGUCCAGAGUUGGUGCUGUGGGAACGGACUAGAGAGAGUUGCGGGAGAGAGAAGGAGCAGGCACGCUGGGCCUCGCGUGUCCCCGAGCAGUGAGGGUCCCAGUGUUCCCUCCACUCCCGAGUGGCCACAGGCUCUCGGGCUGGGAAGGAUUCACUCUCUUUAGCCCCAGGGGAGCAGCUCAGCUUAGCCCAGCAUGAAGAGAUGGGCUCUGCUCUGAGAGUAGGGCGGGCUUGAAGGCCCUGAUGGGUGGACCACCAGCCUGGGCGCAGUGGUGCUGGGGGCGUGCAGCUGGGCCCAGGGGCUGUGCGCUCAGGCCUGACCCGUUGCACUGAACAAGACCAAAUCGCUGGUUGUGCGCUUAACGUGAGGGUGGGCCCAGUGUGCCCUGCGAUGGGUCCCGUGUCACUGUUUACAUGACCUAUCUGUGUGGUUAUAUAGCCCUUUAUUUAAAAGAGAGAAGUUCCUUUUACAAAGUUAUUAAUUAUAUGUUUAAAAGUUAAAGAAAAAAAGAGCUGCAGAGUAUUUAUAAAACUGUCUUUUAGAAAAAAAACAAGCAAGAAGACCGUUUGACCAUAUGAAUGGAAAAGGGAAGAAAGUAUAAUAGAAACUUUGCUAGUUAAAAAAAAAAGAAAAAAAAACAAAAAAUCCCUUUCUUGUAAACUUAUGGACACCUCUUUGUGGCUGUUGGAGUUUAGUUUUUAUAUACACAGAGUUAUCAGACAUUAUUUAUAAAACUUAGUUUAAAAAAAAGACAAAAAAAAAAAAAAAAGCCAAGCCGUGAGCCGACCAGAAGGCCGUCCUCUUUGAUAUCUUUUGCAAUUGUACCGAAAGUGACUUACUCCUCUGCCCUUCCUGCUUCCGUCUCUUGCCGGUGCCGUGGUGUUGUCCGUGCCUGGUGAGGUUUUGUGCAGCGGUAAAGUGCUGGUGCUUCUGGUGACCUUUGACCUGUGGGUGUCACUUCUUGUGUCUGUUUUCCCGUGUUCGUUUUUUGGGUUUAGUUGUGCUUUUGCUUCUGCUGGCUUGCUGGACCUGGGCUGGGGUGCCAAGUGGCGCUUGCUGCGUCAGAGCUCAAGGAAUCUGUGCCCACCACCAGCUCCUGGUCCGUAGGAGGUGAGACAUGGGGUUCUGUCAUGCCCCCCUCCACUGAGCCUUGGCUACAUCUGUGUCUAGGGCUUGGGCUGAUCUAGUGGCAGGGUAGGUGAAACUGGGGUCCCUUGGGGCCCCGCACGCUGCUUCCACACCCACCACCUCUGGCCUUGGGUGGUGGCAUUACAGGGAUGAAGGAGUCACUGUGGGUGGCCACAGGGCUAUGGCCAAGCGUUCCCUGGCCGUCUUCCUCUGGCCUCAGCUUUGUUCCUAUAGGCUGCCCGCGCCGUGGGCUGCAGGUCUCGCCGCCCGCUUGAUCCCUGAGGUGUUUCCAUGCUGUGGGUGGUGCUUCCAGGCAGAGUGGGUGGGGGCCCACCGGGGGCCGCCCUUUCUUCCUUGUCCCUGCCUCACUCUGAGAGCCUUGGGGGUCUCCACCAGUGCAGACAAGGGCUACAGUCUCCAGGGCUGGGUCUUGUCCCUCUUCUCCGCUGGUCCACGCUGGCAGCUCUUGGCUUCGGGCCUGCCUUCUGCCUCCCUUUGGGAUCUGUGUCUUCCAGGGAUCAGCUGCUUGGCUUCUGCUGGAGGUGCCUCCCUGUGGGGGCGCAGCCUGCCUCCUGCUCUCAGUUCCUCACCAGAGGCUGCUGCCCUUCCUGGCUGGGCUCAGGAGGCUCCUUGUAGGCAUACGAUGGGGAGGGGGUGCCCCUACCCACCUCCAAGAGGCUACAGCCCUGUGUCUGGCCAUGUGAGCCCUGGCCUUUCGCCGGGUUGCUGGUUUCUUUUCUGUGGGGCCCAGACUUCUGUAAAGCACACAGAUGUGGGUAAGAUGAAAAACUGGCCCAACAGGGCUUAACCCUAUGGGUGGUGGGAUUUUUAUCCAAGAGUUUGGCCUGGUGUGCCCACAGGAUGGGAACAGGGAGGCACCGUCAACACUUGUGAUGUUAAUGAGCUUUUCUUUGCUCGAGGUGUUCAGAGACAAGUCCUGUGUCUACCUGCGUCAGCCUGAAAAUGGAAAUAUUGGCUGUUGACUCUUGUCAUUUAGUGACUUCAUCCCCCUCCCCUCAGUCUGAUCUUGUCUAAGUAGAAUCCAGGCGUUAGUUGGAAUCAUAUCAUAAGUAUCCAUAAAGAAAACGUCAUGAUCUGCCUUGGAGUGGGGAGAAACAGGCCCUCCCUGUCCUUGUGCGGCCCCCACUUUUGUCCUGGCUGUGGGUGGCCAUCCAUUUUGAGCACCUCUGCCAGGCUGCAGACCUGGAGGCGAAGGGAGUGUGGAAGAGGAGGGUGUAAGGGUCGACGCGUGCUGAAUGGGAGGCGCAGGUCCUCGGUGCGUUGGCAGAAGAGGCUUCUGGAGUUUCGAGGCCAUACCUCCUUUCAAGAGCUUUGGAUUCGGGGCGACUUCCCUCGGUCUAGGGGAGUGUUCCUGUCCCCUGUCAGGUCAGCCCUGCGGAGCCACUCCACCCCUCUUCCCCUUCCCCUGGAUUUCCUGACAUAGAUGGUGUGUUCAUGUGCAGGUGUGAGUGUGCUGUCCUGAUCUCUGUUGAUCCCGCUUUCCUGCUGAGAGGGUGGUGGAGAGGGUGGUGGUCUCUUCUCACCUCAGUUUUUCUGACACAGCGAAUCGAGGGCUUUGGCCAAGGCCAGGUCUCUCAAACUUGUCCGCCAAGUAAACCAUGAUAUAUGUCUUCCCUUCCACCUUAACGUUGCCCCAACUCCUCUUUUAUCCUAACAUGGACACUCAGAUUUCAGAGGAAUAGCCAGCAGGGACAGGUCAGCUCUCACCAGGAGAGUGAGGCCCCUGGUUGCUGCACGGGGUGGCACUGGUGUUGCUGGCUCAGCUCUUGGUGCAUGUUUCAGAUAUGUGUGCACACUUCUGCCUGGUGGUCAGGGCCCGGCCCACGGCCCUGAGUGGCUGCAGCCUGCUUUGGGACGAUGGUCAGGUCCCAUGUUGUCCCUGCUGCCUCCCUCUGGAGUGGCCACUUGGCCAAAGCGCCCAUCCACAUCUGGAAAGUCUGAGCCGCAGCCUGCUGCACCGUUUCCGCUCUGGGAUCUUGUGAGUUACUUUUUUAGGCUGUGGUUUGGUGAAAGGAACCAACACAUUAACGAUUUUUCCCCCAGAAGCCACUGAAUAAUUCUUUUUGGUGUAUUUUUGCCUUCCUGUUGGCUGUCUGGCCUUGGAGCAGGUCGGGAGAGUGGAGUACAUAAUCAGUGCCACACAGAGGCAGGGCGUGUCUGAGAGACUAAUGCCUGUCCUGCCUCUGGCCUGUGUCCUGGGUGUGUACCAUACCUGCUGGGCCAGUCCCACACAUUUCCACCCUGCCCCUGGAGCAGCAGCUUUGAUACCAUGGGUGUCCCUUGAGUCUGAGCUAGAGUGUGUCCCCGAUAAACUGUGAGACCUCCCUGUUCUUGGUGACCCCAGUUGGGCUUUGGCCCCUCCAGCAACCUUGUGUCCCAGCCCUGCCCUUCUUCCCACCCCCUCAAUCUGCUAGUCCCUGAAGCCUUUAACCAAACGGGAGUGGGCACAGAAAGCCUUCUCCUGGCAACAGGACAAGGGCUGCCCGCGUUUCCAGCCCUGUUGCUCUCCUGGCGCUGAGAGGUGGGUCCAAGCAGAGUUGAUCAGUCCCUGCCUGCCCUGCCUAGGUCUAGCCAGGGGAGGUUGUGUGUGUGGGAGAAGACCCCGGGAUCUGCUGGGGUGGGAUGGAGGUUAUUAAAGAUCUAAGUGAGGAGGGGCUGGGGUUUGGAUGCGGGGUGAGGCCCGAGCGCUCACACGUCGUGUAGGGCGGGCAGGGGCCUGACCUCUUGCAGGGCAGUGGCCUUGGUGCCCUACCCCUGCCCUGCGCAGUAUUUAUUGCUAAAUUAUUGUCCAGGAGGGGCAGCACUGGGCCUGGCCCCCCGGGUAUUUAUUGCUGUACAUAGUGUAUGUUUGUGAUAUAUAAGGUUUUCUUUAUUUUGUAUAUGAUCAAUAAACCUUUUAAAGAGA